AUGUUCCGACCAUCAUCAUCAUCAUCAUCAUCAUCAUCAUCAUCAUCAUCAUCAUCAUCAUCAUCAUCAUCAUCAUCAUCAUCAUCAUCAUCAUCAUCAUCAUCAUCAUCAUCAUCAUCAUCAUCAUCAUCAUCAUCAUCAUCAUCAUCAUCAUCAUCAUCAUCAUCAUCAUCAUCAUCAUCAUCAUCAUCAUCAUCAUCAUCAUCAUCAUCAUCAUCAUCAUCAUCAUCAUCAUCAUCAUCAUCAUCAUCAUCAUCAUCAUCAUCAUCAUCAUCAUCAUCAUCAUCAUCAUCAUCAUCAUCAUCAUCAUCAUCAUCAUCAUCAUCAUCAUCAUCAUCAUCAUCAUCAUCAUCAUCAUCAUCAUCAUCAUCAUCAUCAUCAUCAUCAUCAUCAUCAUCAUCAUCAUCAUCAUCAUCAUCAUCAUCAUCAUCAUCAUCAUCAUCAUCAUCAUCAUCAUCAUCAUCAUCAUCAUCAUCAUCAUCAUCAUCAUCAUCAUCAUCAUCAUCAUCAUCAUCAUCAUCAUCAUCAUCAUCAUCAUCAUCAUCAUCAUCAUCAUCAUCAUCAUCAUCAUCAUCAUCAUCAUCAUCAUCAUCAUCAUCAUCAUCAUCAUCAUCAUCAUCAUCAUCAUCAUCAUCAUCAUCAUCAUCAUCAUCAUCAUCAUCAUCAUCAUCAUCAUCAUCAUCAUCAUCAUCAUCAUCAUCAUCAUCAUCAUCAUCAUCAUCAUCAUCAUCAUCAUCAUCAUCAUCAUCAUCAUCAUCAUCAUCAUCAUCAUCAUCAUCAUCAUCACUGUCAAUAACCUUCAGUCUGUAUGAUAAAUUUCUUGAUGUUGGAGCCCAAAGUUCAAUUGAAUGAUGGAAAAACAAAAAAAGGACGACCAAGAUAUUCAUUUAAAAGAAAGAAAAUAAUUGAAGUAGUCAUGUCCUCUACCACUCAUUGUAAACAUAACCGUCCAAUCAAAUUCAUUCAUCAUUUAUCUAUGGGUUGAUUAAUAAUAGUGUAGAUUAAUCUUUUCGAUAGGGAUUCCAAUCAGUCUUCUUAACAGAUUGAUAAAUAUUAUAGGGAUUCUAGAGAGAAUAACUAUUCUUCAUCGAUUUGAUAUUAUAGAAAUCCAUUGUGUUAUUCCACAUGAACUAAUGGAAUUUUUAAUUGUAUUAGUUAAACAAUUCUUGAUCAUGACGUCAGAAUAUGAAUCGGCAACUAACACGAACAACGAAAACUCUAUUAUAAAGAGUACUUUUAGUCAAAUGAAA